CAAAUCAACCCUCACUCUCAUAAUUCUUAUACUCAACACAAGCUUUUCCCUCUCCCUCUCUAUAUUAUUACCAGGUGAGAGUCAUAUCUAUCCACUUAGAUUAGAUUCUCUAACAUGGAUAACCUUCCAAAGUGCCAAGCAAACUACACCGCACUCACCCCUCUAACGUUUCUGCUGAGAGCUGCUGCAUGCUAUGCAAACAGAACCUCAGUCAUCCAUGAAGGAACCCGUUUCACUUGGUCUCAAACUUAUGACCGUUGUCUUCGCCUUGCCAACUCCCUCCGCUCCCUCAACCUUGCCACAAAUAAUGUUGUAUCAGUGCUGGCCCCUAACAUCCCAGCAAUGUAUGAGAUGCAUUUUGCAGUUCCCAUGGCAGGAGCAGUUCUGAACACCAUAAACACCCGUCUUGAUGCCAAGAAUAUCGCCACAAUCCUUCGCCACUCCGAAGCCAAAAUCUUCUUCGUGGACUAUGAGUUUGUCCCCAAGGCACGUGACGCCCUCAGGUUACUCAUGGACAACAACAAGAACAACCCAACAAAUCAACAACACAAUACAUUUUCUCAUUCUCUCCCUCUAGUGAUUGUCAUAGAUGACAUAAACUCCCCCACAGGGAUCCGUCUAGGGGAGCUAGAAUACGAGCAAAUGAUCCAUCAUGGUAACCCAAAUUACGUUCCUGAAACAAUCCAAGACGAGUGGUCCCCAAUUGCACUAAACUACACUUCAGGAACAACCUCAGAGCCAAAGGGUGUGGUGUAUAGCCACAGAGGAGCAUACCUGAGCACCCUGAGCCUAAUUCUAGGUUGGGAAAUGGGUGGUGAACCCGUUUAUCUUUGGACACUCCCCAUGUUCCACUGUAACGGGUGGACGUUCACGUGGGGCGUGGCCGCACGUGGCGGGACAAACGUGUGCCUCCGCAGCACUUUGGCAUGUGACAUAUACAGGAACAUAGCACUCCACAAGGUGACACACAUGUGUUGUGCACCAAUUGUCUUCAACAUAGUUUUAGAGGCAAAGGCUAGUGAGAGGCGUGAGCUGAAACACACGGUUGAGAUUCUCACUGGGGGAGCACCACCUCCAGCUUCUUUGCUUGAACAAAUUGAGUCACUAGGGUUUCAUGUGACACAUGCAUAUGGGCUCACCGAGGCCACAGGCCCGGCCCUAGUGUGUGAGUGGCAGAAGAUGUGGAACGGACUUCCUAAGAAGGAGCAGGCCCAGUUGAAGGCCCGCCAGGGGGUGAGUGUGGUGACGAUGGCUGAUGUUGAUGUGAAGAAUCUUGACACAAUGGAGAGUGUGCCAAGGGAUGGGAAGACCAUGGGGGAGAUUGUGUUGAAGGGAAGUGGGAUCAUGAUGGGGUAUUUUAAGGACCCUGUGGGAACUAGUAGGGCUUUUGGGAAUGGUUGGUUUAAAACUGGGGAUGUUGGUGUUGUGCACCCUGAUGGGUAUUUGGAGAUUAAGGACAGGUCAAAGGAUGUGAUAAUUUCAGGAGGGGAGAACAUAAGCAGUGUGGAGAUUGAGUCUCUUUUGUACAGGCAUCCAAGGGUGUUGGAGGCUGCUGUGGUGGCAAUGCCUCACCCUAGGUGGGGGGAGAGUCCUUGUGUUUUUGUUUCAUUGAAGAAAAACAACCUCAACCACAGCUUAAAAAAUGAUGUCACUGAGGCUCAGAUCAUUGCCUAUUGUAGGAAGAAUUUGCCUCACUUUAUGGUGCCUAAGAUGGUCAAGUUCAUGGAGGAGCUGCCAAAGACUUCAACUGGGAAGAUUCAGAAGUUUGAAUUGAGGGUCAUGGCUAAGGCUUUUGUGGUCUCAGAAAAUAAUAGUAACAACAAGUCUAGCCAAGUGAGUCAGAAUAAUAACAUUGGGGUUGGGGGGUAUAAUAAUAGUGAGCAAAUUUUGGCUGUGUCUCGUCUUUGAAUUCAGUUCCUGGUCUUUGUAUUUUGAAAAAAUGGAUAAAGAAUGAAUAUUGUGCGUACAUA